AUGUCUCCCUCCGUCAGCGCCUUCUCCUUGAGAAUGCUCAGACGUCGGUUGAUUACACCAGUUAAUCGACUUAUUUACCGUUUCACGAUGAAUCCCAAUCCAAGGUCUUCUCCGGCUUUUACGUCGCAAACCAUCACUCUGCCUCAUCUACCAGAGCUUUAUAAGCCCAACUUUUUGGAUAUACUGCUCCCGGCGCCUGCAAAGGAUCCGGUGGCUGCUAUCAAGAAUGCACCUGCUUCGGAGAACCCGAUGAUGUCAGCGCUGGAAGAUAUUGGCAAUCAAGUUCGGACGGAGAAUGAUGCUCCGGCAUUACGCUCUACAAAGAGCCCACUUUUGGAUGCAUUCCACCGCCCUACAGCUUACCAACCAUCGGCUGAAAUAGGAAAGCUCUUCGAAGCAGCAUGGGAAGAAGACCCUGAGAUAACUUUGAGAAUAAUUUUCUACCUAAGGAGUAUCCAUGACGGUAAAAACGACCGAAAGCUUUUCUAUAAAGCAUGGAGCUGGCUGUACGCUAACCAUCCUCGCACUGCUAUUGGUAAUCUACACAAGCUGGUGGAACCGGUAUGCGAACGAAAGCUACGGAAAGGCGACGAAAGGAAACUACCUGGCAUGUCGCAUGGAUAUUGGAAAGACCUAUUGAAUAUUUUGUGCCUGGUUGCCACGAAUAGGUUGGGCUUGUCAGUUCACUACAAUCAUGGUUGGGGGUCUAGAGCCUGGAAGCUUAGCAAUGUUCCUUGCCGACAGGACCAACAGAACGAUCGAUACCAAUAUCUAUGUAAAAAGCUUUCUGAGGACCCAAAAUUCAAAGCUCUCUACAUCGCCGUCGCUCGUCUUUUCGUUAAUCAACUUGUAUCUGACGCGAGUCUACAGGAUAAGCUCGAAAGUACGACAGAUCCUAACGUUCGCUCAGAGCUGAACUGGCAAAUAAGUCUUGCUGGAAAAUGGGCUCCAACUCCGGGUUGCUCUCAUGAUCGGAUAACUAAUAUCUCGACAGCUAUUGCUCAACUACUUCACUCCGGUCGUGAGCCCCAGCCUUGGAUAUACCCGUCAUCUCUCUCCAACUUUGACCAUACUGAGCCACUUUCAGUCGAGCAAGCUAGGACUCUCCGCUCAUACCUCCAACGCUGGUUUCUUCAACCCCUUCGUGCCCAAAGCAAAUGUCCCGAGCCCCUCAUGUCCGCCAACAAAUGGUCCUCAAUCAACUACUCACACGUUCCCUCGGUCUGCAUGUCCAAUAACUCGAAAAGGUUCAUGAAACACGACUAUGAACGUUUCUCAACGUACAUGUUUAAUGUCUCCAUCGGAAAGAAGACCAUUGCAGGAGCCACAUUGUUACCUCAUGAAAUUCUCAUGCGAUUGAUGGAAUACGAUAUAGACCUUAACCUAGUCGAUAAGGAGAAGGCGGAAAAGGAAGAUGGUGUUGAUAGGUUGACGAAAAAGUUUUUGGAAACCCAAAUUGCAGUGGCAAGUGCACAAUGGAACACAUUAGUGGAUCGACUGAGACAAUCUGGGAGCAUUGAAAACUCCAUUGCGAUAUGUGACGUCAGCGGCAGUAUGGGUUUAUUGAACGAGUACAAGGAACGCAAGGAUCCCAAGCCUCUCUUCCCGGCCCUCGCAAUGUCUAUUUUACUCGCGACCCUCGCUAAGCCGCCCUUCGACAAAGGUUUCAUCACGUUCUCUGCAAAUCCCGAAUAUGUGAAACUCAACGAAUUGGCCGGGAUGGCGAAUAAUAUGAGAAAGAUGGUGGGUACUUCUUGGAGUAUGAAUACUGAUUUGCAAAAGGUAUUCACCGAGCUACUUCUUCCUCUUGCGAAGAAACAUAAUGUGAAGAAAGAGGAUAUGAUCAAGCGACUUUUCGUGUUUUCGGACAUGCAGUUCGAUGCGGGAACGGUGGAUUACUAUAACAAACUCGCGGCCAAGAAGUGGGGAACAACGUACGACGCCAUCAAGAAGGAAUAUGAAGCAGCGGGUUAUGACGUACCCGAAAUUGUCUACUGGGACCUAGGAAAGGCAGAUACGGUUGAAGUAAAUGCUGAUCGGGAAGGGGUUGCGAUGAUGAAAGGGUUUUCCGCCGGGAUGAUGAAGGUUUUCCUCGGGGAACGGGAAGGAGAGGAAGAUGCAAUGUUGGUUGAUAUUGAUUCUAAAGAGGAAGGGGAUUUGGUGGUUGUUGGAGGGAUGGAAGCCAAGAAAGAGGCCAUGACACCAAUCGGUAUCAUGAAAAAGGCUGUGAUGAACAAGAGUUUUGAUGGGUUGGUGUUACUAGAUUAG